UUCAACGAUGGAUCGUUGUAAUAAAAAAAAUAUUUUAAAAACAUUCAUUAUUAUUAUAACAUUUUUAUUCAUUCCUGCUGAAGUAAACUGCGAUAUUAUUCCUUUAAUCAAUUUAUCUGCUGGCGAUGUUAUUAAUGGGAUCGAUUUGAAAAACGACACUUGCGAAAUCGUCGGUAAACUAUUCGAUGACAAUAUGAUGUCAAAGUAUGUUGAAAGAGAUAAUACACUAGGUAAUUCAUUGGAGAUAGAUGACGAGAAAAGUGUAUUUUAUCAUUGCAUCUCAUACUCUCGCGGAAAACAAUCUGAUUUCAACACAAAAAUUAAAGUUAUUAAUGAAAGACAGAAAAUUAUUAAUCGAAGUGACUAUUUGAAUAGAAAUUUUCUGGGUAUUAAUGGAAGUUAUGCUGUUAAUAAAAAUUAUACCUGCGUGAAAACUAAAACUUGUCGUGUCAAAGGUAGAGAAACGGUUACGAUUAAUUUGAUGAACGGACAUAAUGUACCGGAAGAUGUCAAGCAAUUAGCUAAUGAAACAGGAGUUUUCAAAAUGAGAAGAGAGAAAAAAACAUACUAUGUUUCGUCUAUUCUGAAAGGUUACUGUUUAUAUCAGCUUCUGAUUUUCAAAGUUCCUGAGUCACCGACGAGACGCGUAGAUGCCGAAAAAGACAAUCCUGUUUACAUUAGUAAAAUUUAUGUACCGAAUAACAACAAAACACUUGAAACCUGGAUCAGCAAUUAUUUGAACGACGCACAUCAAACAUUAUACAAUAUAAGUCCCGAAAAUAAAAAGACGAUAUUCAACCAAAUCCAUAAUGAGACUGUCAUUGAUCUUAAAUUAGAACUACUUCCGGCAUUGCCACCGCAAUAACAUUAGAAACUAUUCGGAGAAAAAUAAUUUAGCACGAUUCUAUAUACAUUCUUAGCGAAUCCAAAUUACGGUGAAUUACCACAAAAUACCGUAUUUCACGUUAUAGUGGUCACAUUUUACGUUAAUUGGCGGCAUACUACGGAACAGUGCAACAAUUUGCGGUAUUUCACCGCUAUUUCACCACAAAUUUGCGGUAAAAUACCAGACUUCCCCGAGUCAAAAUUAAAAAGGUGAUUUGAGCCUCAAAAUCCUACAUGAGGGUAAGGAGGUUCAAAUCAUCUUUUUAGAAUAUGAAGAUCCAUGCAUUAAAAAGGUAAUUUGAACCUAAACGUGGUAACUUUGUCCGCUUUUACCAAGUUUAGGUUCAAAUCAUCUUUUUAAAAAGGUAAAAUAAGCCUCCAGAGCCUAAAUUUAUAGAUCGAGUAAGACCCUCAUCGGAUCGCGUACAAUUGGUAAAGAAUCAGAAGGGAAAAGGGGGCCACUAAUUAGAAAUGGCUGCCAUGAUCGAAAAAAAUUUGAAAUUUAAAAAUUCCAAAACUAAUUUCUUAGCAAUAAAUGUUUUGUUGUCAGUUAAAAAAUAACAAAAUUUAAAAUGUUAAUAAUAAUAGGUAAACUUAUAUGAGUAGGCGUUCGAAUAGAAUAGUACUAUGUCAUUCGAAAUUCGAAUUGAAUAAUUAGAGCCUUUGACUUAUUAGUAUAUGAUCAAUUGAUUAUUUUACGUGAACAAUAAAUACAAACGAAGUACUGGAAAACGGAAACUGCCGAAGAAUUUGAAAAAAACUGAUGAAAAAUAAUCUGCUGCCGCCGGGAUUCGAAACCACGACCUUACGAAUAUGAAGCACAACUACUGCCGCACUGCUACUCGGUCGCUCACGAUCAGUUGGAAAUAUCUUUAUGUAUAACAAUAAUAUCAUGCUAAAGAAUUGAGCUCAUUCGAAGUUACAGAUUAAAAGUAUGGUAGGCCAUGGAGGGUUAAAACAACAUUUUAAAAAGGUGAUUUACUCCUUCAUACGCUACUUUUAGGACAUCGAGGACUUAAAUAACAUAUUACAUUCAGCGGCAAGUGCAACAUCAAAAGAACUGAGGCUUUGGAGGCUCAAACUACUGUUUUAAUUUUGACUCGGGUCGACCGAAAAAUACCGCACUUUAACAGAAGAAUACCGUAAUUUACCGCGAAUUACCGUAAGUUACCGUAAAAAUGGUGUAUUGAAACGUGAAAUACCGUACUUUACCUAAAAUAACGGAAUUUGCAGAAAAAUACCGUAAUCUACCGUAAUGCGGAUCCACCAGGUAUAUUUACUCGAGUAAAAGAAGAGAACAUUCUUGCAUAGAUCAUGUAAGAAACUCAUAUCCUCAAUUAAGUUCUAUACAUAACUUACAGGAAUUGUAUUCAGUUCAACUUAGUCCCUAAAGGAAUUUUAUAAGAGACAGAUAUCUUAUAAUAUCCUUACAGAAAUCCUAUGAGUAACUUAUAGGAGUUCUAUACU